UUUCGUCUGUUGUCACGCCUUCUUCGGCCACCUCACAACACUUUUUUAUCAGCGGAGAGAGGGCUUCACCAGAUCCGCGCCACAGGCUGUCGCCGUUCCUUGCGCCCCGUGCCUCACAACCAUCUGCUCCCAGCGGACCGGGAUAAAAAUUUCCGAACGCUUGUGAGGCUCGCCACCAUGACCACCUCGACCGAGAUGCAGGCGCCCGUCGCCACGACAAGCAGCAGCAAGUGGCCGAAGCUGUGGGAGGGCCAGACUCUCAAGGGAGAAGCAACCAAAGCGGUCGAUCCCUCCGCUAGCUGGUUCGUUCGCCACAGGCGGCUGGUAGGCUUUGUUGUCCCGGGCCUGAUCGCGCACAUCAUCUGGUGGAGCUACGCCGCCACGCACCCGUCGACCUUCGAUCUUUUUACCGAUGUCACCGCGGACACGCCCAACUGGUACAUGUGUGUCACCAUGGCCUUCGGGUCAAUGGUCGCAGGGGCCACAAGCGAGGGAGGCGCGUCGGUGGCCUUCCCGAUCAUGACCCUGGCGUUCGGCAUCGCCCCAAAAGUGGCCCGGGACUUCAGCUUCAUGAUCCAGAGCGCCGGCAUGACGGCCGCCGCGGCAACUAUCGUCAUAAUGCAGGUGCACGUCGAGAUGCACUCCCUGCUGUGGGCCACCGUGGGAGGCGUGGCCGGCAUCAUCCUGGGGCUGGAGGAGGUUGCCCCGAGGCUGGAGCCGGCGUACUCCAAGAUGUUCUUCGUCUCCACCUGGGCGGCGUUCGCAUGUUCGCUCUUCUGGCUCAACCGGCUCAUCGACCGCCGAGUGUUCCUCUCCAUCCCCAACUGGGACGAAGGCGUCCUCUGGAAGAUGGAACUCCCUGUGGCCAAGCUCGGAGUCUCCGUGAACUGGAAGGCGUGCGUGCUCUUCCUGUGCGGGUUCGUGGGGGGUAUCUUCAGCGCCAUUUCCGGCAGCGGCAUCGACAUCUGCACGUUCUCGAUCCUCACGCUCCUCUUCCGGGUAUCCGAGAAGACGGCCACACCCACCAGCGUCGUGCUCAUGGCCAUCAACACCCUCGUCGGCUUCAUGUACCGGCAGCUGGCUAUGGGAGGCGUCGAGCCCGAGGCUGUCAGGUUCUUCACCGUCUGUGUCCCCGUCGUCGUUAUCGGCGCUCCGCUUGGUUCUCUGCUGGGGUCCCACCUCCACCGCUUGGUGCUGGCGGCCAUGAUCUACAUCACGGACAGCGUGCAGUUCAUCGGCGCCCUCGCCAUCGUGAGGCCGUGGUCGUACCACAGAACGACCACCCCGCUGAAGCUGUCCCUCUCCUCGGCGGCAAUCCUUUUAGUCGGCGGCAUCGUCUUUUACCUCCUCGCCAGAACGGGCGGCCGUCUGCUUGACAACUUCGAGAGCCGGGAGAAGGCGGCCGUCGAGCAGUCGGGAGACGAGAAGGUGGCCGGAGGCAGGGGUGCGGGUGGUUACCCCCACCAGAUUCACAGGACCCCUGGAGGUUCCGCCGCGGUGUAGGGUUUAUUUGGUGGGCCAUUCGACCGCAGCAGUCAUGUCCGCGCAGUGGCGGGGAGAGCGGGAAAGGGCUGCGCGAGGAACAUCGGAAAGCCACGCGUGGACAUGAAGGCCACGCCGUGUGUUGUGCUUGUGAUGUUAGGCCACUCCAACGGUGGUGCAGGUUGAAGGCGAUAGUCGGAGUGUGCUUGGUUGGGAGCGUGCGCUGCUGUUGGUGCUUCGAUGCCGCGAUGGUUAUGUCUUGUUUUUGUUUGGAGUUUGAUUGGUAUGUGUUGUGAUUGCGUGGGACCUAGGCCUCUGCCAGCGAUACGCGUGAGUCGUUCAAUAGCGGUCAUGUGUGAGUACUAUUUAGCGUGCAGUGGUUAGCGUGUGUGUAGUGGUUUGGAAAUGGUGCACUUGCGCGUGCGUUGUCGUGUUAGAAGAUUUGCAGGGUUGCUUUGAGUUAGGUUAGCAACACCGAGUAGCAGCAGCAACAUCGAGAAAAGACCGAACCUUUAGCAGCAACACGUACAGUGCUGGCCCUCCCACUUUUGUACAUCCGUUUUGCAAUCGACGGUCUAUCAUCUAAACCUUGUAACUUGAGCGGUGCCCUGGGUCUCCUCACCAUUCACGCUGUUUCUUUGCUUCAAUUUUUUUUUUCGUGGUUCGCCCUCUCGCGCUUCCCUGCAGAUCGGAGGCGGCAGCCACCCCGCUUUCCGCCAUGUGUAACACUCUGAGAGUGAUAUUUAAUUUGACUGCAAGGCGGUAAAUUGUACACCGAUGAAGUUGCCACAGAACAGUAAUCUCUCUUGUGUGCUGUUGGGGCAGAACAAAGGUGCCUGCGAGCGGUGUUGCGAGGCAACGCCAAUGAGGUUUUUCCUGAUUUAUCCGUGGGUGUAUGUUGGUCGUCUUGUUCUGUACGCUUGUCGUUUUUCUUCACACGUGCCAGCAGGCGGCAGGCGGUGUUCGCUUUGGCUUCUGUGGUUCGAUUUCCAGGGUAGUGUAUUUGGCGGUAUGGAUGAGGCGGUGCAGGCGACAAGGUUGUGAAGAGGGGCGUUUCUGGGUCUCGGUGAUGGCGUUUAAUCGUAGGUUUUGGUCCGUAGCACUUAGUUGAGUUAACACCAUUGCAGGGAAAUCGUGGAGUAGGUUGAUGGUGUUUUUUGGUAGGUUUUGGUCCGUAGCACUUGGUGAAUGAACACCUUUGACUGCACGUGUGCUUAGUGCGUAAUGUUAUUGCGUAAUGGUCAUGCACAAGGUAUUCCAUUCUACGCGUGCUAGCAUAUAUAUUUUUCCCGAAGCUAAGUCUGAGCCAUUGGUUGUUCGUCGGCGCGAAGGUUUUCGUGAUAAAUUCACCCAUGGUUUCGGCUACAUCUGGUUCGAUUUGCAGGGUGGAGCCUUUCGCGGUAUCGAUGAAGCGAUGCAUUUAAGAAGAUCGUGCAGAGGGGCGUUUCGCGGUACAUCACCGAGACAGCGUUUUAUACGCAUUAGGUUUUGGCCCGUAGAAGGAACACGUCUAGCUGAACAUGUGUUUAACGCGUUCACGGCAAUUGCGUUAGGCCGUGGGUGCGUGCGCAGGGUAUUCCGUUCCACGUGUGCUUGCAUAUGAAUAUUUCCGAGGUUGAGUCUGAGCGAUAGGCUCUUCUUUCCCCGCCAAGGUUUCCGUGAGAACACAGUUCGUAUCUUCGCGGCUUGUAAGUUGUGACUCAUGUGUUUGAGCGGCGAAGGACCUCUUCUCAAGAGGUCCGGACUUUUCGGAGGGGGAUGUUUUAAUAUUUGCUUUUUUGAAGCGUUUCGUCGUUUUUGGGAUGGUUGUCAGCGUGUGGCUGUGGGGAAGUUCAACUAGGUAGCAAAGUCAGAAACCAAGCACGCCGGAACGAAGAGCAAGUACUGGCUGCAGUAAUAUGUUUUACGACGGUACCAGACGCUAUGGUGUGGUGGGUCAUGAGGAAAUGUUCGCUGCUCGGUAAUUCUGAGGACGCCCCCCCGCCGUCCUCCUUACCCGGAGCAUGUGUAACGAGUUGGGGUCUCGACAGCUAGAGCAUCAGAAUCGCCUUUUCUCGCGACUUUGGUGAAGGGAUUAACAUGUAAAACGGCGGUGGUGGUAGCUGUUGUGGCGGUAGGCGGUUUUGCGUUUUUCGGUGGCAACGAUUUUGGCGGAGGCAGUAGAAAAUAGUGUAAGUGGUGACUUUUUCUGGUGUCUAUUUCCAACAUGAAAGGGAUUUCCGACGUGGGCGAAGAUGUUCUUUGGAUUCACUCUAUCAUGAAUGUAAUGGCCGUUUGGUCGAUCUGGCUCUUCUAUGUUCGAACAGCCAAUACCACGUGACCAUGCGUCAAGAAGACCUGUGCCUGUAAUGUUCCGCAUGAUCCGGAUGCACUUGCCCUCACCUUUACAUUUGC